UCUUGGUCAACAAUCACUGCGCAUUUCAAGGUUCUUAUGAGUCAUGACAACCCCUAUACUGUAUAGAUGUGUUAAUUGCAAGGAAAAUAUAACAGAAUUGAAUUUCGAUAUACACGAGGCAUUUUGCUGUCGAAAUGUGAUAAUAUGCCCAGAUUGUGGUGUCAGCCUUCUGAAAACAAAGUUAUUGGAGCAUCAGCUGGAUGAGCAUAGUAAAAUUAAGUGUACAUAUUGUGGCUCUUUAUUUCAAGAGUCCAGCGUUUUGGAACAUGAAUUUAUAUGCCCUAGACGACUGGUGGAGUGCGUUUUUUGUAACUUGGGGGUGACCAUAGACCUAUUAGAAGACCACGAGUACACAUGUGGUGCUAGGACAGAACGCUGCUCAGAAUGUGGGGACUUUGUGAUGCUUAAAAGCCGUCAAACUCAUCGCUGUAAGAAACCCACAGAAUGUCUUACAAACCUACAGAAUGAUCUCGAGAAAGACUUCUGUGUGGCGUUGAAUUUGCAAUAUGAAGAUUACAUUCAAAAUGUACAUUCCACAACACUCCAAAAACAUAUAGGAAGUCAGACUGACAUCACACAUCAUAAAACAACUGUUGAGAGACCGUCAAAUGAAAAUGUCGUGGAUGAAUGGGAGUCAAAUUCGAUAAUACCGUGUGAAUUUUGUCAUUCCUGUUAUUCAAUAGAUAUGAUUCAUGAACACCAAGUUUUGUGUUUACUUGAAAAUGAUUCAUUGAUGUCGGCAACAGAAGAACAGACGAAUAAACCCAACGAUUUAUGUAAUCAAGUAACUACAAAUACAGAAAGAACACCGAACUCUUGUAACAUUUCACAAGCAGCUGGAUCCUGUAUUAACCCAUCAAAAGCGUGUAGCUGAUUAAUCUAACGACCCCUUUCUGGAAUUAUAUUCAUAGUGCCGGUAGCAGCUGUUUAUUUCUUAAAUGAAGUAGAAAUAUGUAUUUUUGUAACUUGUAUACGAAAACUUCAAAUACAAAACUCAGCGAUCAAAUGCACAUAGGAUUCAAGUUGCUAUGCCUCAUAUUGGCACGGUAGCAGGGAGAUUAGUUAACAAAGAUGAGUGACAGAGGAGAAGCAAUAAUUUACAAUUGAUUGGUCACCAAUGUCGCAUUUAUUAAGUCCAUUAGUAAUGCCCAAAUUCUGUCGAUCGAAUUGCAACGCGACCACCUGUAAUCAAUCAAUUGAAACUAUCUCAGUCCUACAAGAGCUUAAUAGCGACCUGAACAGCGCACUGGUACCGUCUCAGAUUAUAAAGCUAGGUUAGGUAAACUUGAAUUUCACUGUGAGAACCAAUUUCCUGAAGAUUGCAGGUACCCCUUGUUGAAUGCCUCUAAUCACCUAACAUUGGAAUAAACCAUUUCAAAUCUUUUGGCAAACCAAACAUGCUGAAUAAUUUACGAAAUAAUAUAGUCUAUAGUGAGAACGGAAUAGCACAAAACUCAAAAUUUGGUAGAUAAGAGAAUGAAUACAGCUACGGCAAGUUGAGACCAUAUUACUUAAGGUCUGUAAAUGUACAAUAUGAUUAUUCAGCAUAUCAUAGUCAACAGGACUCACUUCAACAUGUUAUGGUUCUCUCUAUAAAUGCUAUAUCGUCAUAUGGUCGCCCUUAGCUUUGUUUGAUCCCCUCCUAUGUCCGUGGUGUAUGCUACUUGUAUUGACACCUAUAAGCAGUAUAUUAGCACCAAUUGGAAGUAGGAAGCCCGCGAUCAGGAGAUUGAAAAGACUAAAAUGAAGUGAAGAGAGAAGAAAACUAAAAGCAAUCAAAAUGACAGCAGGACUAAAGGAACAAUCAAGUUUGUCAGAAACAAUUCAAAGAAGUGCAAAUGAUGUUCUAAAUGUAUAGUUUUCACAUUUUACUAAAUCACAGAGCAAUCACACUAAUAUUGGUACCAGCAAAAGGUUUCAACAGAGUGUUACUGAACCGGAUGAAAGAUUCGGUAGACGUCCAAACUAAGUUCUAUCUAAGGAGGAAAUUGGGAAAAGUCGUUUGGAGUAUCUUCAAACUACAUUAUGAGGCGAGCGCUUGCCUGGAAUCCUGAAGGGACACAGAAAAGAGGAAGACUGAAGGAUGAAUACGGACUGGGAAGGAUUGCCCAAGAUAAAGUUGGAUGGAGAAUGCUGGUGAACAGUCUAUUCAUUAAACAAUAAAUCGGUCAUCCCACUAAGUCUUCGUUCACUACAUGUCAAUCAGCAUCAAAUGUCGUGGUAGGCAGGAGCUGGGCAUGCAUAACAUAUUUCAGCAUCUUAGUCAAUCAAUUUUUCCAGUAAUAAUCUAACAUCAGCAUUAAUUAUCUGAUUUUUAAACCAAACGUGAAUAAUACUUUCAAGUCCUCUGUCAUCAAAUAUUUACCACUUUUGAUUUCACUGAUUGAAAUCACGAGUCAAUUGAAGCUAGACGACCAUGAAAAAGCCGGAAGCACUGGACGGUCGUUUCGUCCCAGUAUGGGACUCCUCAGCAGUGCGCAUCCACGAUCCUGUCCAGUGCUUCCAGGUUUUUCAUGCUGGUCUAGCUUUAAUUGACUCAUGAUUUCAAUCUGUGAAAGUACUAUAUUGAUUAUUAAAUUCUAAAUUAGAUUGUAUCAAUUUUAUUACUUGUUAAUUAUUGACUAUCUUAUCUAUUCUAGUGAUCAAUUCUAUAAAAGUACAAUCUAAAAAGUUUCCUUUUUCCGCAUCCCAACAAUUAAAACCAACCAAUAGAAAAUCUGUUCAAUGUUCUACAUCAUCAUCGUCAUCAUCAUUAACAUUACCCCAAAACAAUACAAAACAUAUUAAAACUUUAAUGAAUCCAUUUUCUCCUUCCAGAAUAAACAACAAAACUAUUUCAACAAAUAAGAAUCAAGAUCCUUUGAAAUUAGUACGUAAUCCUUCUAAACAUUGUUUUACCACUAAAACUGUAAAUCAUUCACUUGAUUCAAAUUCAUCAUCAAAUUUACAAAAGAUAAAGAAAAAUAAUGCAAUAAAGUCUAAAGAUUUUUCUAAGUAGGAUUGAAUGAAUCAGUCAAAGAAAAAUGAUGAUGGAAUAAAUUGUCAAUGGAUCUUAGAAAUUGAUUUCGUCACUUAAAUGAUCAUUCUGUUUACUUCAAACAAAUUCAAUAUAUUUUUCCUUCUAGUACAUCAGAUUUCUUUGAUAUUAUGAUAAUUUCAAAUAGUUGAAAUCAUGAGUCAAUUGAAGCUAGACUAAUAUGGAAACAUCUGGAAGCAUUGGAUAAUGAGAGGCUAAUAGGUCAUAGUGUAGUGAACAAGAACACAGGUGGGGACAAUCGAAUGUAUUUAACACAAAAUUACAGAGCAUCUCAAUAAAAUCUGAGAACCAUAUAUGUUAAAUCGUUAAUUUGCAAAAUCUCCACCAAUUGUUUCUAAAUGCUUCAGACUUCAUUGUCCCUGCAUUUUCAUACAAAUUACAUUCUGUUCCCGCUCUUGCUUUCUUGAUCUUCCCCCAACUUCUGCUGCCAGACAUUACAUUCCUGACUCGCGUUAUAUACUACUUAUAUCAAUAUAAAUAGCACGCACCACAAUAGGUUCGAAUCUUGCAAGGCGAAAUCGUGGGUGCGCACUGCUGAAUAGUAGUCCCACAAUAGGACGAAAUGGUCGUCCAGUGCUUCCACAUUUUUCAUAUUAGUCUAGCUUCAAUUGACUCAUGAUUUCAAUUAUUGAAAUUACAAUAAGAUUUUUUGAUUGAAAUAAAUUCACUGUCCUAUUUCAAAGCUUUCUGUUAGGUCCCGAUAAACAUAAUGAAUGGUAACUUUGGGAUCCUUUUAUGGACCAAUACUAAAUGUAUAUUUUUAUCGUUUAAUUAUUAAAUAACAAAACCAUUCAUAUUCAUGUCCUUCUUAUUACAAGCUUUAUUUUGACCUAUUAACCAUUAUUAUGCGUUUGUCUAUUAGUUACUGCCUCCCGCAUUCACAGCCACAUUUGGCCAAAUUUUGUACAAAUGUUAUUUUCUAUUUUAUGGUACUUUGUGGUCGGUUUGAUUGGUAUAUAAACUCAGUAUGUUUGAAAUAUGAUGAUUCAUAUCGCAGAGGCUUGGAUUGAUGUUCAAAAUUUAACUGGCUGGGCUAGGCGGAAAGCAGGGCCUAUCAAGACACUAGGCUGCUUAUACGGGUUUACGCGUCCUUGAUCCGAUCGAUAAAUCACUGCUCUCUAAUCGGCGGUCACAAGUUAUAACACUUUCUCUUAUCAUUUUCAAAUAACUUAAAAUUAUAAAUAGUCGUAUGUUUCUAAACAAAGUUUUGAUAUUAAUUAAUCCUUGAUAUUCUUGACGUAUUAUUGUGAGAAUUUGUAUAUGAUGCAGUUCAGAUAUGCCAAUGUAGUUAAAUUGUUAUCAUCGAUAAUAUUAGAUGGUCGUUAUUACUGUAUUACAAAUUAAUUGAAAUUGAUAGUGUACUAUUGACAGCUGACUGAGUGCUUUUAUUGAUGAAACCGUAAGGUCGUGAUUUCGACCCAUGAUGAAAUUGUGGGUGCCUACUUCUAGAUAAUCCCAUAACAAGUCGAAACAGAGGUUCCUGGUCGUCAAUAAUACCCAGCGAAGAUCAAUCUGCUGCGAAUGCAACCUACAAAUUCAUAAUUUAAUUUGUUUUUUCGCAUUGUCUCGUUGUUGCUAUUUUUGAUUGAAUUUUGAUCGAUCUUAGUCCCUGUGC